CUGUAGCAGUGGAGAACACACUCCCUUCCUGUGUGAACAGAGAAGAGGAAGUUGUCCCAGAUAUAGAGAGAGCCAGGCUCGCCAGCUCCCGACACUGCAUCAUGGCCGUGAGACAGAACUGGACUCCAGAAUCCAGGACUUUGUGGGUCUUGCUCCUGUGUUCCCACACCAUCACACUCCUGGCCAGAGCCACACCUACACCUCAGAACAUCGCAGCUGCCCCUGGCCCAGUGUUUCCAACAGCUAAGCAGUGCCCAGCACUGGAGGUGACCUGGCCAGAGGUGGAAGUGCCACUAAAUGGAACGCUCGCCUUGUCCUGUAGCGCCUGCAGCUACUUUCCCCACUUCCACGCCCUCUACUGGCUCGGUAACGGUUCCUUCAUCGAGCACCUCCCGGGGCGGCUGUGGGAGGACAGCACCAGACGGCAGCGCAGGAGCAGAAGCACCUGGCUGUGGAAGGCCUUGGUGCUGGAGGAGCUGAGCCCCACCCUGCGCAGCACCAACUUCACCUGUGUGUAUGUGGACCCUGCACAGGUUGCCCGGCGCCACGUUGUCCCAGCCCAGCUCUGGGCUGCGCUGAGGACAGCCCUGCCCUCCAGCCGAAGCCCAGCGCCACAGCUGUCCACAUCAGCAGAGUCAGGACUCAGCACAGCAACAGCACAGCCUUGACCAGAGCCUGCGGAGCCCCCUCCCUGGAGAGUGAGCAGAGGCCAUGCAGGCGAACGGCAGCUCCUCCUCAUCCACCUGGAAGAUCUCAGUAAUCCGUGUGCCUCCUCGUCCCGAGUCUCUGUACUCUGUCUUGUUCAGAAGGCCUGGUGGUGCUUAGUAGCCAUGCACACAAAGGCCCUGCCUACGUGACUUUCCCAGCCCCGAAAGCUUGUUGGAAUGCAAACAACCUCCACACUUGGAGCUCUGGCCACGAUCUGAACUGACUCCAUGCUGUAUAAACCAUCUUCUCAGUGCUGUUA